AGCGCCGCGUCCGGGAGCCGCUUCCGCAUCGCUGGAGCUGCUCCAUAGGGCCGCGCCGGGCAUGGACCAUGGAGUCGCUCCUGGCUGACGUGGUCGCGGCGCUCGCUGCCUUGGCGGCAGCAGCCCUGAUCCUGAUUACUAUUGUUGCCCAUAUAACUGCCACCAAAAUGCCAAAUUUUCAUCGCCAUGAAGAAGAGAGGUUCUUUGUAAAUGCUGAAGGGAAGAAGGAAUCUAUACCAAGCAUACAUGACCCUCCUACAAAGGAGCUCUCUGUUGUUGUGCCUUCAUACAAUGAGGAAGACAGGUUGCCUCUUAUGAUGGAUGAAGCUUUAGACUAUCUUGAAAAAAGACAGAAACGAGAUCCUGCGUUCACUUAUGAAGUAAUAGUUGUUGAUGAUGGCAGUAAAGAUCAGACCGCAAAGGUUGCAAUGAAGUACUGCAAGAAAUAUGGAAGUGACAAAGUACGAGUCCUAACAUUGGUAAAAAAUCGGGGAAAAGGUGGAGCUGUCAGAAUGGGUGUCUUCAGCUGUCGAGGGGGAAAAAUCCUUAUGGCUGAUGCAGAUGGAGCCACAAAGUUUGCAGAUAUUGAAAAAGUAGAAGAGGGUCUUAGAAAUCUCCAGCCAUGGCCACGAUCUUACUUCCGAACUCUUCUCAUGUAUGGGUUCCACUUCCUAGUAUGGUUCCUCUGUGUCAAGGAAAUCAGGGACACACAAUGUGGGUUUAAACUGUUAACCAGAGAAGCGGCCUCACGGACUUUCUCAGCUCUUCAUAUAGAACGCUGGGCAUUUGAUGUGGAACUUCUUUACAUAGCUCAGCGCUUGAAAAUACCAAUAGCAGAGGUUGCUGUCAACUGGACUGAAAUUGAUGGUUCGAAGCUGGUUCCCUUUUGGAGCUGGUUGCAGAUGGGCAGGGAUCUUCUUUUUAUACGACUGAGAUAUUUGACUGGUGCCUGGCGUCUCGAAACAAGCAAAUCUAAUUAGGUUAUUUACAUUCUCCAAAUGCAUUAUUACACAUAAUGGAGCAUGAGAACUAUUUCAGUGAACUAAAAUGUUGAAGAAAGAUGAGGUAACUCUUCAUUGCUGCUCUUACGUACUGCAUUUUUGCAAUAUAUGUAUAUUUUAUAAAAUUGCCAAUAGUCAAAUGUUCCUAUAAUCUGAAAGAAAAAGCAUCUUUAAAAGACAUACGUUUUGAUCCCAGCAUCUGUUUUUUCUUCUGUAGCAGCUUUAAAGGUUCUUGCAUAAAUUCACCCAGAUUAAAUAAACAAAUCUGCUUUUGUCUCGCUGUGCACUUGGAAUUCCCGUUGAUGCACAUUAAAUGGAGCCCAUAUCCCAUGAUGUGCAAUAUUGUGGAUGACCAAAGCUCUUUUUGUUUCUGUGUAUUGGAACACACAAAUACAUUGUGAUUUGGAACUGGUAAUAGUGGUAUUAAAUUACUUGUAUGUAUUUAGGCUAUUAUUUUAAAUCUUUAAAUGGUAUAGCUGGUAUUAAUGGAUUUUACUGUGUUAUACAACUAAUGUGCUGUUUUCCUGAGAACUUUCAGUAAUCUCAUAACAUUCCAAUUGUAAUCUGUUUUGACCUGCAGUUUAUAACACUUAAGUCUGAGAUUUGACUUCAUAUUCACUCCCCAUGGACCAUAAAAUUUCCAAAAGAAAGUACAUUUAAUUUUAAAAUGCUGUCUUUCACAAUUAGAUACAAUCUAUCAUAUGUGUUAAGUAUGUUUGGUUUUUAGCUGUGAAGCUCAUGAGCUUUCAGCUUUAAGGCCUGGGCUUUCUAUUGAUAAAGUAUCUCAACCUAUCAUGCAGCAUAACUUUAAAAUGGCAAUGUCAAAAAUACUCAUUUCUGAUUGCCAAACAAGUAAACCGGUUUCCUGAAGCUACCGUAAAGGGUAAUAGGUUUCCCACUUUGGGAAGAAGUUGUUCCCAGGAGCUCGUUUAAAGCAAAGAAAACUGAGUGUACAACCAGUUGUACCUUCAGAUAUGUUACAUUGGAAUCUGUCUUUUCUCAGUUUACAAGUUGUUAUACACUUCUAGGAUUUGGUUCCUUUUAGAGUUAACUCAGUUUUCUGGAGGAUGAAGAAGUACUGAAAUAAAUUCUCAAUGAACAUGUUCAGUUUUUGUUUUGUAGUCUUCACUUCCUUUGGUAUUCCGGUCCAUAUAGAUCUGUCACUUCUGCUGAACGAGUUAUAUGACUGGUUGCUGCAUUAACCAGAAUAAAGUGAUAACUGCUCACUUGUGCUAAGUGUUCUAUGCACUACUGAUGUGAUAGGCAGGGCUGGUAGUGCCACCUGUUAAGGUUGUUUGAUGCUUCCCAUUAUAAGAUCAUGUUCUCAGUAGCUUAUAACUUUGUCAAACUAACCAUUUGGCUGAAGUUUUCCAUGCAAGAUGUCUGCUUCAGUCUGACUUUGAAAACUUCUGCCAAAAAUAUUCAGUUGCUUCUUAGAAAGAGGCUAGGGAAAACUAUGUGUAAAACAUAGGUAGGGGAAUUCAGUUGUUGGAUUUUUCUUUAAACCAAGAAAACUACACACAAAAUACCUGCAUUAAAAGAAUAUUAAUAAGCAAUCCUUCCAGAUUAAAUAUCACAGGAUUUAUAAGUAAAUACCAUUCUAUUAGAUUAUGGAAAUUACUAUGCAUUUGAGCAACACUGAUCAUAAAUCUAUAUUUAACAAAAUAAAAAUGAGGCUUAAUAAUUAGAUCUCAUCAUAAAGCAGGCAAAAAAUGGAAACUUCAAAAUUAUUUGUUUCACGGCAUUCAAAAUUGACCUACUUUAAUCCUCUCCAAAAUUUUCUGCAAGACUUUAAUCAAUAUCUUCAAGUUUUGAAUCAUUACCCAAAUUUUCUUUUACUGAAAAUAGUUUUCUGUAAUAAAAUGAAGAUUUCAGUAAACGAAAAACUUCAGUGAUUUUGAAAAUGGACAAAAAUUGAUAAAUAUGGUAGAAAGUUUUGUAAAAGAGUAAGUUUUUAAUGAAAAGCUGUCAACUUUAUUAAAAAAAAUUUCACGGGCCAUUUUCUGGAGAAAAAUAGCCUUUCAAAAAGAAAACAAUGAAAAUUCUUGCUAAAAAUUUUGACAAGCUCUAAAAUUCAUCUAAUUCUUUUACUCAGGAUCCUUCCAUUGUUAUUGAAUAAUAUGAAGCAAUGGUGGAGCAGAGACUCCAUCAUUAGGGAUGUGUAUAGAUAUCCAGUGUAAUGCAACUUCACAAUAAAUAGUUUUCCCUGAAAUUUUCCAUAUGUUGUCUUUUAGCACACGCACCUUAUAUAUAAUCUGACGACAUUUGGAACAUGACUGCUGCAGGAAAAAAACCUCAGUAGUAAUUCUAUUAAUAAAAUAUUCUCAAUUUUUUUAGUGACUUGACCUGGAAAUUACAAAUUUGGUCUGAAAAAUGUUCAUAUGCAGCAUUUUUUGAACAGUUGGAGAGUUAAUUUUGUAAACUGUUCGCUACAGAAAAUGUGUGGCACACUCAAGACAGACAAACUGAAGUCCACAAAGCUCCUGGUGGUGUCUGAAGUCUACAUGCUCUCCUGCAGAGAGGAGAUAGGGACCGGAGGGGAAAUGGUGGCUGUAGAUCUUUCUUAUACUCACUCCUGAUACUGUGUUCUGCAAGACAAGUACAAGGGCAGCCAUUACAGUAUUUAAUUGCUAAGCAGUUCCAAAUGUGGCUCAGCAGAGGCAAAAGACUCCAAGAACUCCCAUUACAAGUGAAUAACUACCUAUUUACUGUGUUUAACAAUAAAAUGACAUGAUUCUGA